AUGAACCUUCACAGAAGUAGAGUCACAGUAGGGCACUGUGAACCUGCCGUUACUCGAGCAGUUCUGAAGUAUAGCAACUUUUGGGAUUCAGGAUCGUGGGUAAGCCAUAGUACGUUGAGAGGUGGAAAGAUGAUACGAUUUUGCAGGUCAAUUAAGACAUUGCAUACUCCUACUCACUUUACCGAUGCCACUGUUCGGUCUAAUUUGAUGAGUAAGGUCAAGUUGUUAGACGAAAUCUUGAGUCGUAUUAGCUAUGAUAGAAGCGUACUAUACACCCCAAAGUAUAAAAGAAUACCGCAGUUGGUUACGGCUAAAGAUACAGUGCGUAUGGGUACUUUGGUUCGUAACUUCAUUGAUAAUAUCACGAUGGAUCAAGCCUAUGAUGUGAGUAAACAAUUGGAUCCUAAGGAAAAAUUAGGGAAAGUUGGUUUAGAGCUGUUCCUCGAAUGCAAUAAAAACCAUAUUACUCCGUUGAGUACCCACUUAGCUGUAAUGAUGUUGGAUACGUAUAAUCGAUAUUCCAAUGAGGUCGGAUUUUUGGAAAUGAUGCUAGAAGAAUUGAGAGAUGCACAGUCUUAUUUAAUGGAAAAUAGGUUCAUGAUCGAAAAGAAUGAAGAUAUAGACAUGCUAAUAGAUAAGCUAGCAUUUACACAGCAAGAUGCCACCACUAUGAAAAAUGUGAUGGAUCAGUUGAACUACGAGUUGCCCUCAGAUGACAUUGUUAGAGUCGUUAGAGGUAACACAAUGGAGGACACUAUUGAUCUAUCCAAGGGGUGGAAAUAUCGAGCUGGUGUGCUUGAUACUAAUGAACCAUAUCUGAGGUCGUUGCAAAUUGAUAAGAAGAAGUUGGUUACCGUCUCAGAAUCAAGCUUAGUGCUAAUAUUUGAUGGUACUUUACGGGACGCUGAUAAAAUCCAACCUUCGCUUCAUUACGCCACCAAACAGAAGCAAUCGUUAUUGUUGAUUGUUAAUGGAGAUGUUACUGGAGAUGCACUCGCUGCUAUCACCAUCAAUAACAAUAAGAAUAACCGCAAUGGUAAUCCAUCUAAGACGAUUAUAUUGAAGUAUUUCGACAAAGAUCAUGAUAACAUUUCAUUACAAGAAAACUACGAUCUUGUCAAAUUCUGUCAGCUACCUCAAGGAUUAGGCUCCAUAUAUUCGCCGAAAUUCAGUGAAUACGUUCCAAGUUCCGCAUCUGCGAAUCUAUUUUUUGGUUCCAUGGAGGCCAUCAAGGCCACCACAGGCGAAUGCUUUCUUUACAACCCUAGUGCUGCUCUUGAUGACGAAAUUAAGAACAGGUCAUUACAGACAACUCUUACCCUUAACGUUGGUGGACAGUCGGAGUUUGAAAUAGAUCAAAGACGUGCAUCGCUAGACAAUAUCUUGAAUAACACAAUGUGUCAUGGGUUAGCAGAAGGUUUUGUUCCCAGUCACGGAAUAGCAUUGGCCAAGGCAGCUAGUUAUCUUUCGCAACAACCCUUGAAAGACGAUUCCUUGAUGGCUAAGACUGUACGUGCCGAACUUAUCGAAACACUAACAUUACCAAUGGAUCAAGCACUUCAAAAUAAGUUUGGUUCGAAUAGAUUCUCAAGAGCUAAGCUGGUCUCUGAUACCAUGAAUGUCAGAUCUUUUCAGAAUGCAUACUUACCAGGAUAUAAAAAAGAGGUGAAUGCUCUCACUACGGGGAACAUUGAACCUUGGAAUAAACUAAAUCACACCCUAGACAAUGUCGCUGGUUUUGCCAAAUUAAUCACCAGUUGCAAUACAUAUGUUACGAGGAUAUUUGAUAAACCUAAAAGGGAAUGA